UGCUCCUCUCAAGACAAAAGCAGCCCCAGUGGUCAAAGAGGCAGAAGCACCACACAGAAAUGUGUCUCUCUCAAAGGAGAAGGUGAAGGUGGUGCCACUGAAGAGAGUUCCUGUAACUCCAAAAGAAAAUGUCAAACCAGCACCAACAAAAAAAGUAGCUGAAGUUGUAAAGGAGAAAAAGGCCGAGCCAGUGACUCCCAAAAAAGCACCAGUUACCAUGGCGGCAAAACCAACACCUGCUGAAAAGAAGAAAGAACCUGAGGCCAAGCCAGUUCUUGCCAGAAAAGGGCUCAAGGAACCAAAAGAGAGCAUCAGAGGAGUCUCUGCAAAGACAGCUGAGGUUUCUAAACAGAAGCCCAAACCAGUUGUACCAAAGACAGAACCUGCUCCUCUCAAGACAAAAGUAGCCCAAGUGGUCAAAGAGGCAGAAGCACCACACAGAAAUGUGUCUCUCUCAAAGGAGAAGGUGAAGGUGGUGCCACUGAAGAAAGAAGCUGAGGCCAAGCCAGUUCUUGCCAGAAAAGAAGCAGAAGCUGUAAAGGAGAAGCCUAAAGCAGUUCAUGAGAAAAAAGAAGCUGAGGCCAAGCCAGUUCUCGCCAGAAAAGAAGCAGAAUUUGUAAAAGAGAAGCCUAAAGCAGUUCAUGAGAAAAAAGCUCCUAAAACUGAGGCUGAAGCACCAAAGGAAAAAGUCAAAUCCCUGGAAAAGAAGAAAGAGCCCAAAGCACCAGAGGAGAAAGUCAAACCAGUUGUUAAAAAAGCCGGGCGGAAAGACAAGGUCAAACCGGUCCGUGUGAAGAAAGAACAAGAAAAGGAGAAACCGGCUGCUGUAAAGAAAGCCGAGCUGAAGGAAAAGAUCAAACCUGUCAUGAAAGGUACAUAA